CUGCCUUUUGGUUUUUUUCUCAGGCGCGGAAGGCAGGCUUGUACUUUGAAGAAACAAGAACAUCUUCUUUUCUACAGAAUUUUCGGCACCUAUGAACCGGAACGAAAAGGCGAAGAAAUAGAAUAUGGACUGGUUAAGCCAGUAAACACAUUCGAUACCAACUGUGAUAAUCACUUAUUUUCUGAACUCAAGGCUUUGACUUACGGUAGAGGUCAGCUGAGGAACGAGGAGAACGAAGAGAUGUUCCCGGGUGUGUGGAACAAGGUAAAAGCCGCUUUCUUGCCGCCGGCUUACGUCCCAGGAAUGCGAACAAAGUGGUUCUUUCUAUGGAUAUCUCUGGAGGAUAACACUGACGGAAUACCUGAGAUUAAGCGUCCUGUGAUCCGCAAUAAUCCUCCGCUAUCACGCGCUCUUCACUACUAUAUCAUUGGCAUGGUCCUCUUCUCUUGGGUCCGUUUGCACCUCGGCUGGCCGGAAUUUCUCUGCCGAUUCAGCUUUAUCAUCGCCUUCAUUCAAAUGUUUGGCUACUAUUUCGAUCACAAUCGCUUUGCUCUGCAGUUUGACUUGGUGCGGCUGAUGACGUCACUAUUGUUUGGAGUGUUCCUGAGCGACAGGCUGAUGACCGUCUAUGCUUUCGCAUCGUUGGGAUUGCUUUGUGGCUCUGUGUUGCCGGAAAAAUAA